AUGGACCGAGAAACGGGCUUGGCGGCCCCAUCUGACUCCGACAAGCCGUAUGUCUCAGAUCGGGAGGAAGGAAAAGAGCCACGAGUGGACCCCGAAAAAGAUAUCGAGCCAAGUCCCGGAUCUGAUAAACCAGCUGGCUCGGAUUCGCCGACUGCGCCGGGCCCGGGGCAGAGCGGUGCACCUCAAACCUUACACGGCCCGAUCCCCGAUGGCGGGACCGAAGCCUGGCUGCAGGUACUCGGCUCGUGGGUUGUGUUGGUUGCAACCUGGGGUUUGGUGAACACAUUCGGAGUGUUCCAAACGUACUACGAGACGACACUGCUCACGUCAUCAUCGUCGUCCUCUAUAUCGUGGAUCGGGUCGCUUCAGGCGUCCCUGCUGAUGCUGGUUGGUGUUGUGGCUGGACCUUUAUAUGAUGCAGGAUACUUCCGCCACCUGCUCAUCGGCGGACUCCUUCUCAUCGUCUUUGGGCAGUUUAUGACAUCCCUGGGCACAGAGUACUGGCAUCUCCUGCUGGCGCAAGGCAUUUGUAUUGGUGUGGGCAUGGGCUGUACAUUCCUUCCCUCAACGGCCAUACUGUCGCAGUACUUCACCACGAAACGGGCGUUUGUCAUUGGUAUCGCCAGCACAGGGAGUCCGUUGGCGGGAAUCGUCUUCCCAAUCAUCUUCAGUCGGCUCGUCUCUGGCAUAGGCUUUGGUUGGGCCACGCGUGUCAUCGCCUUCAUCUUACUGGGACUGAGCGUGAUCCCAAUCAUAUUCAUGAAGACGCGGGUGCCGCCAUCUGGCCGGAAGAGAGCGCUCAUUGACUCCAGUGCUUUGAAGGACCCAGCGUUCGUCCUGUUCGUUGUGGCGAGCACCUUCAUGUUUCUGUGCCUGUACACGGCUUUCUUCUACAUCCAGCUCUUCUGCGAGAGGCACCAUCUGUCGAGCUUGGACUUUUCCCCGUACACAGUCACCUUGCUCAACGUGGGCAGUGUGUUUGGCCGGAUCGUGCCAAACUACCUCGCCGACAAGCUAGGGAGUGUGAACGUGGUUAUCGCAUGUGCUGCCGUGUCAGCCAUCUUGCUUUAUGGCUGGCUAGGCAUCCACAAUCUGGCCGGCUUGGUGGUCUUUGCGCUGCUAUACGGCCUGUUCUCAGGGGGUAUCGUGUCUGUGACGCCUUCAGCGAUCCUGACCAUGUCGCCUGAUAUGUCCCGUGUCGGGACGCGGAUGGGAAUGACGUUUACCUUGACUGGCUUCUCCAUCUUGGUGGGUACGCCGAUUGCUGGAGCGAUCCUCGGUGGAUACAGCGAGCGGGAGUGGAUGGGGGUGAUUGGGUACUCGGCGGCCGGGCUGACUCUUGGUUCGAUCUUGUAUAUGGCUUCCAGGGUGGUUUUGUACAGGAGAAAUGGGAAAUUGGCUGCAUGA